AUGGAAGGAUCGGCAACGGCGUGCUGGAAGGAGUUUCCAGAGGGGGACAGGGCGGCAGUGGCGGCGCAUGAGAAGGUUCCUGGGGAGUUCAUUGGGAUCAAGACCUUUCAGGUGGGGCCGUUUUGUGGCGGCAGGGAGUUGGACAAGGAGGUUAAGAAGGAGUACAGCGUGACGUUCUGCCUGCACCUGUUUGCACCCUGCAUUGGCACGUACUGUCUGGCCGUGAAUCUCGCAUCGCUCAUCGCCACCUUCGCCUACCGCCCCUCGUCCACGCUGCUGCGAUGCCUCCUCUCGCUGUUCCCGCCGCACUCGUCGCGCUUCAAAAGCUUCCUGGACAUUCUGGGCGUGGCACCCAUUUCUGCGGUGGUCCCGGACUCGCUGGUGGCGGCGCUGCCAUUUCUCUUUUUUGACUCACAGCUCAUUGUGAAAGAGGACAGCUUAGAUUCCAGUCUUGAAUCUGUUGGGCAGGACAGGGGGGAUCAGGCGGAUAGGGAGAGGCAGCAGCAGGAGGAGGACGGGGGCGAGGGGUGGAGGAUGUGGGAGGAGGUGAACUGUUGGCGCAAGGCGGCUGGGAAUGCGUGGCCUACUUUGGAGGCGCACGAUGCGCCGCUGUUGAGAGGGGCGGGUAAGGGAGCAUGUGGUGGGGAGGAGGAGGUGGUGGUAGAGUGA